AUGGUAAAGGGCCAUUCUAGCCUACCCCUCCCAUGUGCCGGCAAAUCCAUUUCACCCGAAAAUUCCCGAGUUUACAAAUGCAUGGAAUCCUUCACUGGUAAUCCGCUGGAAGGCGGUUGUACGCCUAUCGAAGCUGAAGCCGAGCCGGCUUCCUGCACAUGCAACAACCAUUCUGACCAAUGUGAUUCUGACGGAAAAUGUCAGGUAUCCUGCCUUCACAAUACAGUCGGCGACAGCUGCGAGCGAUGUGCAACCGGCUUUUAUGGCGAUGCAACCACCGGAACGCGUGACGAUUGCACUAGGUGUCCAUGCCCAGACGGAGGGGACUGUUUCGUAAAUGAACAGAAUCUUGUCGAGUGCUCCGAGUGUCCAGCAGGAAAACAAGGCAUCACUUGUGAAGAGGACAUUUCAGCGCCUAAGGAGGAAACCGCAAAGGAAGAAAACAGAUGA